UGUUAAAGUGGAUUGUGAAGGAGUGCAUUGAAUGGGGUUAUGUUCCUCAUUGUUUCACAAACUCUGUAAUUUAUUGACAGGCUCAGCUUUUGAAGGACUCUGCCUUGUGAAUUUAGUUUUAGUAUAAAUGCCGUGCCUUAAAACAGGCUUUGGGACCAAAGAUAAAGUUAUGAACUAAGGGGGUAUUUAAUCACUACGAAUGUUUAUGUUGGCAGCGUUACAACGUUGUGAGAAAACGUGGUCGGCUGGAGAGAUAGAAAUGAUGGAAGUGUGUGUUGAUAGUGUGGAGUCUGCUGUUAAUGCUUAUAAUGGAGGAGCAUCUCGUUUGGAGUUGUGUGCAGCUUUGAGUGAAGGUGGGCUUACCCCCACGCCAGGAAUGCUUAGGAUUAUUAAAUCUGUUGUGAAGAUACCAGUAUUUGUUAUGUUGCGGCCUUGUGGCGGUGAUGAUUUUGUGUAUUCAUGUCAUGAAGUUGAGGUUAUGAAAAAUGAUGCAAGUGUAUUAAAAGAGUGGGGUGCAGAUGGAUUUGUUUUUGGAGCUUUGACUCCAUCUGGAGAUGUAGAUAAGAAUGUAUGUAAGGAAAUCAUGGGCGUUGUGUCGCCUCUACCGGCCACAUUCCAUCGAGCUUUUGAUGUGUGUCAAGAUAUUGAUGCAGCUUUACUUACUAUAAUAGAGCUUGGAUUUACACGUAUUUUGACCAGUGGACAGGAGUUUACAGCCCAUAAAGGAAUACCUGUUAUAAAGAAACUAGUUUUGAAUGCAAAUGGACGAAUCACUAUAAUGCCUGGAGCAGGAAUCACAAGAGCCAAUGUUGGAGAAAUUCUUCGACAUACGAGGGCACAAGAAUUUCACGCAUCAGCUAAGGUUUUGAAGAAAUGUGGUGGCCCUCCAAAUAAAUGCACCAUGGGAUUCAACAGCGGGGAAACGGUGUUUGUUACUUCAGAAGAGAUUGUUAGGGAAAUGCUGGCAGUUGCUGGUGAAGCAGUAAGAAACAGCAAGUGGGAAAUCAACGUCUGAGUGUGUUUUGUUUCUGAGAGGGCAGCAGCCUGCGUCUUGAACAAUAUAGUAAAAUCAAAAUAUGAAGGACGGCGAGUGGCGCUCUAAUAUGACUUGGUUCAUGCAAUUGUCACAAUACUCCUAAGCUCUGUUGUAAGUAUAUAAAUAGAAUUGUUGUACGUUAGAUAAAUUUAAAGUACUUUCCGCAUAAAAAGACCUACUUAUCAUUGUCAUGUGGCGUAAAUUGUGUAUCUCCAACAGUCGGAGGGUUAUUUGGUGGUGUUUAAAAACACAGUGUAUAUUAUUAACACCUAGAUAACUGAAGAUAAAUUUAAGCUUGAUGAACUAUGAAAUGUUGUUGACUGACAGUUUUAUUGUUCAGAGCUGCAAAACUAUGAGUUUCUCAGUGAUUUUACCACAUCAGGGCUGAUGUCUUUCCAGUUUGGGUGGACUUAACCAUACGGUCUCAGUCUGGCCGUGCCUCUAUCAGGGUAGAUGUUAAGAUGGUUGUGAGCCCGUGGCUCAUCAUUACCUACGCUGUGGUAAUUGUGGCGAGUGUCCUGGCACCCUCCAUGCAGUGACAUCAUAGGGAUGCUGUGCUGUUCUGAUGAGGGAUUAUUGCCGCUUCUAAAACAGAAAUUAUUUGUGUGUUUAAACUGGUAUGAAUUGGUCCUCCUGGGCUCGAUUGUUAACAGAUCUUCCAUGAAAAUUAAUAUUCUGCUGUAAAAUCUGAUAGUUGUACUUCUGCAGAAAGAAGUGUAUUAAAUUACAAAAUAUUUUAAACAGAA